GCAGAUGAUCACAAAGGCCUCUCUAGUUGAGAUUCUGAGGUGUUUUGAACAUCCUCUAAGUGAGGAGCAAGCCUGGGCUGUCUGCUUUCAGUGUUGCUGUAAAAUGGAGCAGCUGGCUCAGGGGCUGUGCCCACUGCUCCAUUCUGUAUUCAUAAAAGAUCCUGGAAGCAUCUUUAUCCACGCUGAUGGUACUGCUUCCUUCAAGGUGUACCACAAGUCUGAUGUUGGCAGCGUUCAGCAGUCAGAGGACAAGCUGUUGGAGUACUUGGGAGUGGUGAUCUAUGAAGCCUUAGACUGGGGAAUCGACAGCCAAGUGGAGCGAGAACUGAGUGAUCCUUUGGAGAAACUUCUGUGCCUCAUGUUGAAACUGGAUGAGAAGGCAAUGAAACCAGCAGUCACCCUGCAGGAUAUUAUCAAGGCCUGUGAGGAGCACUUGUCCAGGCCCUCUGAGGCUACCAGCCAUUAUGAAAUGAUAUGUAGGACUCUCUUUACUGAAUAUGUGGAACUUCAGAAGCUUGUGACCACCAUCCAGAUCUCCAAAGAGAGUCUGAGAAAAAUGAAUGUGGAAGAUUUGCUGGAAAAUCCCCUUCAGAAGAAGGAAAAACAUGGGGCAUCCCCGUGGCCCAGCAUCAUCUGUGAGCUGCAGCACGGUGUGAGGCUGCGCAAGUCUGCUGAGCGACCGCAGCAUCCUGCACCUCCAGAAGAAUGUAUCCGCUCUCCCUACGAAUUACUUCUGGAUGAUAUUCGGCACAAGAGGUACACCUUUCGGAAGGUGCUGGAGAGGAAGCUGGAAGAGUAUGUGCCAAGGGAGUCCAGCUGGCAUGAACAACUCAUGGCAGAAAUAAAACGACCACAGAAGCUUCGGUCAGCAGCAGCAAGGGACAAUGGGAGCAGGCCCAAAGACAUGCUUGUGGCACCAAAUAUUGCCUUGAAAUCUCCAAGCAACAGUUUCUUAACCCUCCAAGAUGCCAAUACAGAGUUUAGAACUGUGAACACUACAACACAGCAGCUGGGACCAGGAGUUCAGCUUAAGAACUUCCUGUCCUCUGGUCUACAGAAAACCACUCCCAAGCUGCCUUCCAGCACCUGUCUUGCCUCAACCAGGUCAUCAGCAGUAUCCUGCAGCAGCACAGGUCUCGCUGCAAAUAGCACAUAUCCUCCUACGAGUGCACCCACACUAGGAGACAUUAAACCUAAUGGUGUCCUGAAUGCUGGCCAACAGCAGCAGCCUCCUUACAGAGGAAGGUCCAAAUCUUUGGAGAGAGGUCUUCAAAGCAAGGAAUUUGACUGUCCCUUUCCUACCAAGUGCCCUUCCCCAACCAUUGCUGAGCUGAUUGGAACCAGAUAUGCAAUGGUGGUGCUGGAAGGGCAAGGCUUCUCCCAAGGAGGUAGUGAUGGUGCCUUUCCAAGAGCAAAGAUCUGUUUCAGCUGCCAUAAGCAGAUGUUUCUUAAGUGGCCUUACAGCUGUUACCUCUGCAGCAGUGUUGUCUGCUGUGACUGCUGCAUCAAGAUGUCCAUGCCCUUUAGAAUGUGUGUACAUCUCCCACUUCACUUCCUAAAACUUUUGAGACUCUCCAGAUGGGAGGACCCAGCUACUCAAGAGCAGAAGACCUCAGAUUUGCUGCAUGAAAUAGAGCACCGGAAGUGUUUUGGUGUACCUGUUAUUUUGGAACCCUGUUGCCUAGCCCAGCCUCUGUGCUGUUACUCAGGGACUGUGGCAGACUGGCUGACUGCAGACAUCUGUACCCGAUGUGAGCAGGAUCUGUUGAACAUGGCUUCCACUCAACAGCAGAGCAUCCCUCUCAGGAGAAAUUCCUGGCCUUAAACUAGAAUGGUUCUAUCAUAAAUUUCUCCUUCACUUGUUCUGUACCUGAAGUAAAUGAAACAGCUUUAUGCAUGGCUUCAAUAAAAGACCUCCUUGAUGGUUAGUCUAAGGAGGAAGCAGAGUUAGUACUUAUGUAUUGUGAAGUAUUACAAACCUCUGUGGCUUUUAGAACUGUUU